ACAACAGUAACGUCACACGGACUACAGCGGAGUUUUGUUGAAGUUGCAAAGUCCUGGAGCCUCCAGAGGGCUGUCGGCGCAGUAGCAGCGAGCAGCAGAGUCCGCGCGCUCCAGCGAGGGGCAGAAGAGCGCCAGGAAGCGCGAGGCAGCCAGAGUGAGAGCCGAGCGCGUACCGAGCCCGGACCCACAGCCUCCCCAGCCACCCAGGCAGAGCCCCCGCCAUGGAACACCAGCUCCUGUGCUGCGAGGUGGAGACUAUCCGCCGCGCGUACCCCGAUGGCAACCUCCUCAACGACCGGGUGCUGCGGGCCAUGCUCAAGGCGGAGGAGACCUGCGCGCCCUCCGUGUCCUACUUCAAGUGUGUGCAGAAGGAGAUCCUGCCGUCCAUGCGGAAGAUCGUGGCCACCUGGAUGCUGGAGGUCUGCGAGGAGCAGAAGUGUGAGGAGGAGGUCUUCCCGUUGGCCAUGAACUACCUGGACCGCUUCCUGUCGCUGGAACCUGUGAAAAAGAGCCGCCUGCAGCUGCUGGGGGCCACCUGCAUGUUCGUGGCCUCCAAGAUGAAGGAGACCAUCCCCCUGACCGCUGAGAAGUUGUGCAUCUACACUGACAACUCCAUCCGGCCCGACGAGUUGCUGCAAAUGGAGCUGCUCCUGGUGAACAAACUCAAGUGGAACCUGGCUGCAAUGACCCCGCACGAUUUCAUUGAACACUUCCUGUCCAAAAUGCCUGAGGCCGAAGAGAACAAACAGAUCAUCCGCAAGCAUGCUCAGACCUUCGUGGCGCUCUGUGCCACAGAUGUGAAAUUCAUUUCCAACCCGCCCUCCAUGGUAGCUGCUGGGAGCGUGGUGGCUGCCGUGCAAGGCCUGACCCUGGGGAGCCCCAACCAAUUCCUGUCCUACUACCGCCUCACACGCUUCCUGUCCAGAGUGAUCAAGUGUGACCCGGACUGCCUCCGGGCCUGCCAGGAGCAGAUUGAGGCCCUGCUGGAGUCCAGCUUGCGCCAGGCCCAGCAGAACUUGGACCCCAAGGCUGCAGAGGAGGAGGAGGAAGAGGAGGAGGAGGUUGACCUGGCUUGCACACCCACCGACGUGCGGGACGUGGACAUCUGAGGGCGCUGGGCGGGUGGGCGCCUCCGCCACCCACAGCGAGGGAGGAGCUGGCCCCAGGUGCCCCCCAACAAGGUCCUGCUUCUCCGGGAUAUGUCACUACCAGAAGGGAAAGCUUCAUUCUCCUUGUUGUUGGUUUUUUGGGUUUUUCCCCCUUUCUUCUUUUUCCCUUCCAUCUCUGACUUAAGCAAAAGAAAAAAGAUUACCCAAAAGCUGUCUUUAAAAAAAUGCAAGAGAAAA